ACCCCUCUCAUUCCGAUCCGAAACCCUCCUGGCGUUGCUUCCGAAUAAAACAGUAAGUAAAUAAUUGAACGCAAGCUAAAGCACCAUGGGGAACUUCAAAGGUCACGCCCUCCCGGGCAGUUUCUUCCUCCUCUUUGGCUUGUGGUGGUCGGUGAAAUACCCCAUGAGGUACCUCUGCAGAAAGAAUAAACACGUUUGCUACUUAGCGUCAAACUCAGGGUAUCGGCGUUUGGAAAUCAUUGAGGGGAUUGUGAAAGCUGCCUUUGCACUGAUAGGUAUGACAGCUGAGCAAUUUGUCCCUGAUGGACCUCACCUGAAGUUAUAUAACCAUGAAGCAAAGCAGUGGGACCACCUGAUGAACUGGCAGCACUCAACCAUGUACCUCUUCUAUGGUAUCUCAGGGAUUGUGGACAUCAUUGUCCAUAUUACACCUGCAGUGCCGUUGGCUAUGGACAGGCUCAUGCUUGCCAUUGCAAUCUUCAUUGAAGGAUUCCUGUUUUAUUACCACGUCCAUGGCCGGGAAAUGCUCGACAUCCACGUGCACAUCCUGCUGCUGGUCGCUGUGUUCGGUGCUUCCAUUGGAUCCUUUCUCGAAAUCUUUUUCCGUGGGAACAUAUUGCUGGAGCUCUUCAGGGCCAGUCUCUGUAUCCUGCAGGGCAGCUGGUUCUGGCAGAUCGGGUUCGUUCUGUAUCCUCCCAGCGGGAAUUCCGAAUGGGACCAGAAGAGUCACAACAACAUGAUGUUUAUCACCAUGUGUUACUGCUGGCAUUACGCCUUCUCCCUUCUCAUUGUGGCUAUUAACUUCGCGAUUGUCAGCUGGGUGGUUCGUACGAAGUUGAAACCAGAUGAUCCACUGGAGAUGGGACUGCUGAAAUCAUCAGAUAGGGAGCUAGACUCUGAGGAUGAAAUCUAACUGAACAGAUCUUAUGGCUUACAACUAAUGUGUCUUCUACAUUACUAGAAUUCAAUGUGUUGAGAGUUUAUAAUGUUGAACCCCUUCGCUGGCACAGACAUAUUCAGGGUGAGGGUAAAGUGUAUAAGAUACUAUCUGUGCUUCUAACAGGCUGUUAUAGUCUCAUAGUACAUUUCUGCUUGUACAGUAUUACUAUUGUGUCAAAUCAAUGUUUAACACUUGGCUGAAAUUCUGUGAAUGAAAUGCAUCUAGAAUCAUACAUGUUUUAAAAGCUAAAGCAGCACUUUGAAUAACUUUUUUUCACAGCAGUCAAAACUCUACUGUAAAAGGGAGGUUGUGCAAAUUACUCAUCACCGAUGAAAGGGUUAAUGCAACCUUUGGCAUUGAUAGCAUCCCCAUCACUUCUUGUCUUUUAAAGCUAACGGGUGGAGAUGAUCUGGGCCAAUAGAAAAUUGUGGAAAUAUUUGCCCCCAAAUUGCUGACUUUUGUGGAGAAAUUUGACAGGUUAGGGGGAAAAUUGCUGAGGAUUGAUCGGUGCUAUUGAGAGAUGCAUUUUGUGGAAAGAACCCGGAUUAAAACUAAAAGGCAUACAUUUCCUGAACAUGUCGCUUUGUUUAAAAUACCAAAAGUGUUAAUUUGAAUAGAACAGCGCUUACCAAGAAUUUGUCGCAGGAGCUCAGCUUAGACCGGACACCAAGCAAACAGACAGUGGUAAUGUCAUGCGGCUGCUGUUUCUAUCACGGUUCACUCACUAGCGGGCGAAAAUGAUUUCCCGCUCGUUUGUAGCAGAUUCCGCGGAAAAAGCGCAGACGCAUUUUUCUAUUGGCCCAGGAGAUGACCGAGACCUGACUAGAACUAAGGUGAUGUCAACUGCAUGUUGGUCAGCCAGGUGUCUUGAUAGGUGCGGAAACCCUUCACCGUGUUUAUU